UCAGCGCGCGUCGUCCGUUAGUUUAGUUUCGACCGCCGAUCUGUACGAUGCCGGCUCCGGUGAGCAGGUGUGAAUCGUGCUCGUUCAGUGCAUUUUGCCAGUAAUGUUUGUGCCUGUCUGUUAAGUGCCCUCUCGGGUUUUGGUGCAGAGGAGCCGUUAAAUUCAAUUCGGGUGCACUAUGCACUUUAGAAGCAAAAGUUACUGUUACACCUUAUUGUGCGUGUGCUUUGAAGCCGGUGGUUAAUACGUUACGUGUUUUACGUGUAGAUAAUCGGGGUUUUAUGAGGAUCGUUCCUCUUUUUUUAGUGUUGAAUCAUGACCGUUGUUGAUGUUAGUGUCUGUGAUCAAAACUAAGUUCAACGGAGCCGCCGUCACUUCCAAUGAAUGGCUUGACGUGAUCUGGAUGCUUUUUCAUGUGUAUAGAGUGAAUUUUCAUGAUCAUCAGGAAAUAGCAAAGUGAGCGCGAAUGUAGUCAGAAGAAGAGGCAGCAGAAUAGCCGAGAGUUAGCUCCGGUGUGGUCGAACGUCUGGUGGUCCACAAACACAGACAUACAGACACACACAGGCGCGCGAAAGGGGGGUGGUGAAUGGUGGUGCAAAAAUGCCGUUUGUGCAACGUGUAGUAACCCCAAAGUAUGUUGCACGGUCGACCAAACCGUCACACUCACGUGGCGCCGUUUCACUGCCGGUUCAGGACUAUGAGCUGGAAGCGAUCACCAACCUAACCCUCAGCAAUGCCCUUCGACAGCUGGCCUCGCUGGUGCUCAUCUCGAACCAGAUCUUCACGGAGCUCAACAAGGAGCUGGCUAGUGUGAGUGAGCGAUCGCUCGGGAUAAAGCAGCGGAUCGACAAUCUUUCGACGCGAGUGGAGGAAUUUGACCCAAAGCAAGUCACAGUCCGUAAGUACACCCCUCAAUUCUCAUCCACAACAGCCAGUUUCGGCCCUUCUACAGCAAAACACCGCUGCUUCCUCACAGUCGGAAUCUUUCUCUCUUUCCCAUUCUGCGGCUCUUCGUGUCUGCUUUUUAUGUACUUGUACACUUUUUCUCCUCCUCCUUGUCUCCACUUCGACGCAGCAUCCAGAAGAUAUCUUCUCUUCACACGCUUCUCGUUUCUCUACUAUUUGUUCCUCACUCCAAACUUCAAGAAACCAAAAAGCGAGCAGCAACGCAACACAACACAACACUCCCGGUCGAAAUCGAAUUUAUGAAUUUCCGGCAGUUGAUGUUUGUAUUUCCUGUUCCUCAAUGGGAGCGCGAGAUGGAUGUUUCUUGUGCAUGUUCCGGCAAUCAAGUCACAGCGCAACCUACGAUCAUUAAUUUAAAUUCCACUCGAGAAAGAGGUGACACCCGCCGAAGAAACCCGCCGUUGACAUUUUUCAAUUACCGCCGAAGACCA